AUGAAGUUACUGCUGAUGCUUUUGUUUUCGGGCCUUAUGACUGGUUGUAGAGGGAACUCUUCCUCUGCUUCACCACCUAAGUUACUGCUGGUGUCCUUUGAUGGCUUCAGAGCUGACUAUCUGCAGAACUAUGAAUUUCCUCACCUCCAGAAUUUUAUCAAAGAAGGUGUCUUGGUAGAGCAGGUUAAGAAUGUCUUUAUCACGAAAACGUUUCCAAACCACUACAGCAUCGUGACGGGCCUGUAUGAAGAAAGCCACGGCAUUGUGGCCAAUUCCAUGUACGACGCAAACACAAAGAAGCACUUUUCUGACCACGAUGACAAGGACCCGUUCUGGUGGAAUGAGGCAGUCCCCAUCUGGGUGACCAACCAGCUUCAGGACAACAGAUCGAGUGCUGCUGCUAUGUGGCCCGGUACCGACGUGCCCAUUCACAAUACCACGCCUUCCUAUUUCAUGAGCUACAGCCCCUCCGUGUCGUUUAGGGAAAGGCUCAGCAAUGUCACCGCCUGGCUGAGCAGCUCGAACCCACCGGUGACCUUUGCAGCACUCUACUGGGAAGAACCAGACGCUAGUGGCCACAGAUACGGCCCUGAAGAUAAAGAAAACAUGCGCCGAGUGUUGGAAGAAGUAGAUGAACACAUUGGUGAGCUAGUUCACAGACUCAAGGUGUUAGGACUGUGGGAAAGUCUUAAUGUGAUCAUUACAAGUGAUCACGGGAUGACCCAGUGUUCCAAGGACAGGGUGAUAAACUUGGAUGGCUGCCUCGACCCCUCAUACUACACCCUUAUAGACUUGACCCCAGUUGCUGCAAUACUUCCCAAAAUAAAUAAAACAAAGGUUUAUAGCAAACUGAAAAUCUGUAACCCUCACAUGAAUGUUUAUCUCAAAGAAGACAUUCCUGCCAGGUUUCACUAUCAACAUAGUGAUCGAAUUCAGCCUAUUAUUUUGGUUGCUGAUGAAGGCUGGACAAUUGUGCUAAAUAACUCAUCACUAAAAUUAGGUGACCAUGGUUACGAUAAUUCUCUACCUAGUAUGAAUCCGUUUCUAGCUGCCCAUGGUCCUGCAUUUCACAGAGGCUACAAACACAGCACCAUUAAUACAGUGGAUAUUUAUCCAAUGAUGUGCCACAUCCUGGGAUUGAAGCCACAUCCCAACAAUGGAACCUUUGGUCACACCAAGUGUCUGUUAGUGGACCAGUGGUGCAUUAACCUCCCAGAGGCCAUUGGAAUUGUUAUUGGGGCACUCCUAAUUUUGACCACACUGACCUGCCUCAUCAUUAUCAUGCAGAACAGAGUCUCGGGCCCCCGGCCAUUUUCCCGACUGCAGCUCCAAGAAGAUGAUGAUGAUCCACUGAUUGGGUAA